AUGUCAACUUACAAUUAUAUCUAUCAAAACCCUCAUACUCCUCAGGAAUAUCAAAGUUUGAUAAAUACGGUAAUAUCUUUAUUGGUUGAACCUGAACAACAUACUACAGUAAUGAAAACUUAUGCAAAUGAUAAAAAUUUAGCUAGUGAAGUUCAAGCUUAUGCAAAGUUAGCAGGUAGAGAUUGGACAUUUUAUGUUAAAAAUUUAAAUAUUAUCAUUGGUAGAAACACAGACAACGUUUUGACUAAUAGUACUAACGCAAACACAAAUCAAAUAUUAGAACCUGAUUCAAACGUUGAUAUCGAUUUAGGCCCAGGGAAAGUAGUUUCGAGGAAACAUGCUACAAUAAUAUUUAAUACAGAGAAAGGUGGUUGGGAAUUACAUGUUCUAGGUAGAAAUGGUGCAAAAGUAAAUUUUGAAAGAGUACAUACUGGUCAAGAAUAUCCUGCUGUGAAAUUAUCGUCGGGGACAAUCCUAGAUAUUGGUGGUACGCAAAUGAUGUUUAUCCUACCUGAUACGGAACCUAUUAUUUCCGAUUCAACUUUUGAAGCAUUAAUGCCAAGAUUGUUAAGUGCUAUGGGUACAUCGGGACAAAGUAAUAACCAAUUACUGAAUGAAAUAAUUAGAAAUUCGAUAUAUGUUAGACAACAGCAACAACAAUUACAAGAAGUACAACGUGAACAAAGAGCCUCCAAUGCAAUAAAUCAAACACGAACUUUUAAAAUGUAUGGGAAUAGUUCAAAUUUACCAUAUCCAAAUGGUACUCAAUUCAUACAUCAAAAUUUACCCGCUCAUUCAAAUGGUAAUGCAUUCACCAAUGGAUUAGAAGGUUCAACAAACUUGAUGGGUAACGAUUUUAAAAACCAUAGUAAAUCAUCAUCAUCUGCAUCAGGUUCAUCAACUUCUUCAAGAUUUCAUAAUUCUUUAUCAAUAAGUGGAUUUCCUCAUGCCAUUGAUUUUGCAUCUGAUUUAUCUAGAGAUGAAAAUAAAACUGUGAAACCACCACAUUCCUAUGCAACAAUGAUUACUCAGGCUAUCCUAUCAAGCAAAGAAGGUAUAAUCUCCCUUGCUGACAUUUAUAAAUUUAUUGCAUCAAAUUAUGCUUAUUAUAGAUUUGCAAAGACAGGAUGGCAAAAUUCAAUUAGACACAAUUUAUCCUUAAAUAAAGCGUUUGAAAAAGUACCAAGACGUCCGAAUGAACCUGGGAAAGGUAUGAAAUGGAGAAUUAGUGAAGCUUUUCAAAAAGAUUUUAUUGAUAAAUGGAAUAGUGGUAAUUUAUCAAAAAUUAAACGUGGUUCAUCCGUUAUCAGACAAUUACAAUUACAUAUGUCCAAAUAUAACAGUUUACCAAUUCAAAGAUUUCCAGAACAAAAUUCAAAUAACUAUAAAUCAGAUGAAAAUAGUAAUGACGGCAUGGAAUCGAACAACCCUGUUCCACGGUCUAACCACAACAAAUCCAAUAAUAAUAGUAAUGUUGAUUUCCAAUUACCAAAUUUGCCUAAAAGUUCUAAAACUAAUUCAAAUUCUAAUGAAUCACAAAAUCAACUACCACAAAUGAUAAAUAACAACGGUAACAAUAUGAGUAAUUUGCAGAAUAUGGGGGAUAUAAUUAAAAUUAAUCAACAAAAUUCUAAAAAUUUACCGAUUCAAGAGAUCAAUUAUCAGAACGUCUUCCAAUCUGAAAACAAUAAAGAUAAUUUUAAUAAUAACCUAAAGGUCCAGUUAGAGAACCCAAACGGAGGAUUAAAUAGGUCAAACAACCCAAAUAUCAAUGUAAAUUUUAAUGCUAACAACAAUGCCCUGGUGUCAUUCAAUAAUGCAUCUUAUGGUUCUUCAUCUAGUGGGCCAUCAUCAACCAAUAAUUCGAACACAACUGCAACAACAGUAUCAUCUUUAAACAGUACUGAUAUAAAAAAAGAGACUAAGUUGGAUAAUAUUGAGAAUAGCGACGUUAUUCUACCUAAUAUACGAACAUCAUUGUAUCAAACAACGAUGUUACCAGCUAAUCAGAUUAAUCUCUCGAAUUCUGCAGCACCAGCAUUGAACACUAAUGGUUCAAAUACUUACGAUUCCUUAUUGAGAUCGCCUUCGAAAUCAUUUCAUAUUACUGCCAUGGAGGCGUACACGCCAGAGAGAGGCAGUACUAUACAGAGUAACAAGUCUCCGAAACAAGAAAAUGCGAGCAAUCCCAACAUGAAACCGGACAUGGAUACACUUAGCAUUAAAAAUUUGAAUCCAAGAUUUACACCAUCUACAGCCAAGUCACAAGGCCAUGUUAAAAGUUCCCCUGGUGUCCUGAAUUUGUUGCAAUUUAGUUCGGUUAAUAACACACCAAAACUUGAUACUUUAAAUGGUAAUAGUAACGAGGAAAGAAAUAAAAUGGGUAAUACUACAGAUAUUGAAAAUGAUUCUGCCAAAGAUUUAGUAUCUUCACCUAUCAAAAGACCUGAAAUGUCGAAUGAUGCGAAGGGUCCAAAAAUUAAUAAGGAUUUAAUUUUAGAUACCGACAAUGCUAAAGUAACAAUUGUCAAUGAAUAA